UGAAAAGAGUCAAUCAAUCAAGUUUUAAGAUUUUAGAACUUACGUAAAUGUUUAAAAUGAGUAAAAUCGUAAUAUUUUGUCUUUGUACCAUGCUCAUCAAGACAAUUACUGGCCAAGUCAUUCGCAAUCCUCUUUGCGUAGAUGCAAUGGCAUAUGCUAAUCCAAUGGCUAAUAUAGCAUACGGUGCAGAAUAUGCCAAUCCGUGGUAUGACAACUAUGGGCUCAACUUAGCUACUCUGGCAGCUAAUGGAUGUGGCUUUUCAGUCCAAUCUAGUUCACCAAUCACACCAAACGGUGUUUCAAUUCUGUCAGAAAACAUGGUUAUAGAGGGUCCAUUGGCUGUUAACGGACAGAUGCCUUUCUUGGGGACGAUCGGUGUGGAAGGAUCUUUGCCAGCGUCAGGAGCUGGUGUUGUAUCUUACGGUUGUGGUAACGGUAAUGUUGGCAUAACGAAUGAGGCUAUCCCUAGUUAUAGUCUGGCAAACCAAUAUAACAUGGCCAGCAUGGCACCCGCCUUGGCAGGUAUGGCCCCAAAUAUGGCUGGGAUGGCCAUGAAAAAUGCUAUGUAUGGAAUGGGCGGCUUAUAUUAGAUGUAAAUUAUACCGUUUAUAUUCUAUUUAUAAAUAAAAUUACAAGUAUGAUAAACUA